UUUUUGUAAGUAGAACAAAUUUUUUCCAUUCAAGUUCACAGCAACUGUGUUAAAUUUCUUUAAUUUUAACCACAAUCAAAUGCACCUUCAAUAAAAGUCCAACAAUAGACAAAAAAGUGAUUUUGAAUUUUAAUUAAUUUGAUAUUUUUUUAAGCGAUAAACUUCCGAAACAAACGAAUUAAUUAAAACAACAAUGGAAGACAUAUUCCACUGGUGUCGUGAAGGAAAUUCAAUUCAAGUGCGAUUAUGGCUCGAUGAUACGGAACAUGAUAUGAAUCAAGGCGAUGAUCACGGAUUUAGCCCUUUGCACUGGUGCGCCAAGGAGGGACAUGUCAAGCUGGUCGAGAUGCUCCUACAGCGUGGUGCCCGUGUCAAUGCCACUAAUAUGGGUGACGACAUCCCACUGCACUUGGCUGCCGCUCAUGGCCAUCGAGAUAUUGUUCAAUUGCUCCUUCGUGAACGAUCCGAUGUCAACGCGACCAACGAACAUGGGAACUCUCCCCUGCACUAUACCUGCUUCUGGGGAUACGACAUGAUUUGCGAAGAUCUUAUCCAUCACGGUGCACUUGUGUCGAUAGCCAAUAAAGACGGUGACACUCCAUUGGACAAGGCCAAAUUGAAUCUCUCCAAGCGUCUGCAGGAGCUUGCCGAAAAGAAUGGUCAAGAACUAAAGAAGAUCAGUUUCAAAGACCAAUCGUGGUUGGGUCUGAAGACUCGUUCCCGGGAUGCCACUUUGUCGCGAUUCAAGGGCAUUAAUAUUGGGGAUUUGGAUUUGCAUAGCAAAUUAGCGAUAACACCAUCGGGUGAGACAUGGAGGGGUAGAUGGCAAAGGAAUGACGUCAUAGCUAAAAUUCUGACUGUACGACAAUUGACGUCACGUAUAUCUCGAGAUUUUAACGAAGAAUUUCCCAAGUUGCGAAUUUUCUCUCAUCCAAAUAUCUUGCCAAUUAUUGGAGCAACCAAUUCGAAUUUAAUUGUCAUUAGUCAAUAUAUGCCUCGUGGUUCUUUGUAUCAAUUGCUCCAUGGAGCAGCAGGAGUUGUUGUUGAUACUUCGCAAGCUGUUCGUUUCGCUUUGGAUAUUGCUAGAGGAAUGGCAUUUUUGCAUUCGUUGGAACGCAUCAUACCAACCUAUCAUCUUAACAGUCAUCAUGUUAUGAUUGAUGAAGAUUUAACAGCUCGCAUCAACAUGGGUGAUGCUAAAUUCUCUUUCCAAGAGAAAGGACGUGUCUAUCAGCCGGCCUGGAUGUCUCCUGAGGCCUUGCAACGCAAGCCAAGUGACCGCAAUUGGGAAGCUUGUGAUAUGUGGAGUUUUGCCGUUUGUGUUUGGGAAUUGGCUACACGUGAGAUUCCAUUUGCUGAUCUAUCGCCAAUGGAAUGCGGCAUGAAGAUCGCCCUAGAAGGACUUCGUGUUAAAAUUCCUCCGGGAACAUCAUCACAUCUAUCCAAGUUGAUAACAAUUUGUAUGAAUGAAGAUCCUGGUCGUAGACCGAAAUUCGAUAUGAUUGUUCCAAUUUUGGAUAAAAUGAAACGUUAAAAAUUUUGCUUGAAGGAUGUUUUCUUAAUAAUUUUCUAUUCGUGUUCUUUUUGUGUUCUUAACUCAUUAACAAAGAAUUUGUUUGUCAUGUUAUACUCACUCAUACACCAAACACGCACACACACACAAACAUACAGACCUAACAAUUAUUGUUUUUGUAAAGAAGUGCCUAAUAUUAUAAUAAUUGACUUGAUAUAUAUUUAACAACUAAUGCAGGUGCCUGCCCAAUUUUCUCUCUCUCUUUUAAAAAAUCGUGUCUCCGAAGAAUGGCGAAUUUAUAAUCUCUGCCAAUAAUGUCAUUCGUGCCUUAUGUGCCUAAAUCUAGUUUUUAAGAAUUUGUUUGUUUGUUUUUUU